AUGAAGAAUCAUAUUUGUGUUCUACUGUUGGUCAGUAUUUUGCAAGCAAUUUUGGGGAUCAAAGUUGAGAUACAAAAAACUCCUAAUUUAACUGAUAUAAACGUUGAUAAGAAACAGGACAAACGCGAGAUAUUUGGGUACAAAAUUCAUGAAAAUUCGAAUGAUUUCUGGGGUUUUGAUCAUGGUAAUGAGCAUAAAUUAUUGGGGGAUACUUAUAAGAAUGAGGGUCAUAUUCUGGGGGAUAUUUAUAAAAGUGAAGAUUUUUCCAAAGAUGAGGGGGUUUAUUCUACGAUUUUAUCAGAGCAUGGGAGAAAUCUGGGACAUCAUGGUGUAAAAUUUGAAGAUUUCAAUCACAAUUUCCUUCAAAAUCAUCAAAGUGAUUCACAUAUUAAGGAGGAGUUUAAAUUUGGUGAUUUAUCAAAACCAAAUCUACAUCAUCACAAGGACCAGAAAACGGUGACAAUCAUCAAGAAAAUACCAGUUCCUUACCCAGUGCAUGUCGAGAAGAAAGUAACCGUUCCAGUGGAUCGUCCGUACCCCGUUCCAGUUCCUAAACCCUACACAGUCACCGUCGAAAAGCACGUACCAGUUCCAGUCAAAGUACCCGUCCCAGUGAAAGUAGCAGUUCCAGUACCAGCUCCGUUCCCUGUCGAGAAACGAGUACCCUAUCCAGUGAAGGUACAUGUUGAGAAGCCGUUCCCAGUAGCUGUUCCAAAACCGUACCCAGUAUUCAUCGAGAAACCGGUUCCAGUAACGGUUAUCAAGAAGGUUCCAGUGGACCGGCCUUAUCCAGUGCAUUUCCCGUUGGAAAAACCAGAUUUUCAUCACCAAACUGUGGAAAUUCCAGGGAAGAAACAUUCUUCAGCAGGUUUUGAAGGAAGACAUGGUUCAUAUUCACAUCACAUAAAUCAUGAUAUCAAGGGAAAUCAUGAAUAUAAUACUGGAAAAAAUGAGGAAGGUAAACGUGGAUACACAGUUCAUUUCUGA